ACGAGGAAAAGGAGAGCGCACACACCCACCGAAGUCGCCGCCUUCAAUCCUCGCCUUCUCUCUGUUCCUUUCUUCCUCCGGAUCGUGAUCGAUCCCCGUCACUUCUCUUCCCCUGAGGGCCUGAUCUCUCAUUGUCGCCGCCGUUCGCCGCCCGUCGGACGGCCGGCGAUGCAGCGCAGCGUAUUGGACUCCCUCGGGGUCGAGAUCAUCGGGGUCAUCUCCCCCGUCUCUAUAUGCAUGCUCCUCGUCGUCCUUCUCGUCUCCACCCUCUCCCCCUCCGCUUCCGACUCCGCCGCUGCUGCCGCCUCCGCUACCACCGCUGCCACCCUCGUCUAUGACGAGUCCCCUUCCGACCCUCCCGGCCGGCGGCUCGCCGGUGCUCUCCUCAACGCUGCCGCCUUCGUCGCCCUUAUCACCGCCGCUACGACCCUCCUCGUCGUCCUCUACUACUACCGCUUCACCGGCUUCCUCCGGAACUACGUCCGCUUCUCCGCCUUCUUCGUCCUCGCCUCCAUGGGCGGCUCCAUCCUCCUCUCCCUCCUCCGUGCCGCCGCUUUCCCCCUCGAUGCCGUCUCCGCACUUGUCCUCCUCCUCAACCUCUCCGCCGUUGGCGUCCCCGCCGUGCUCUCCCCUGCCGUGCCCGUUCUCCUCCGCCAGGCCUACCUCGUCGCCCUCGCCGUCAUCGUUGCCGCCUGGUUCGCUCGCCUCCCAGAGUGGACCACCUGGACCCUCCUCAUCGCCCUCGCCCUUUACGACCUCGCCGCCGUCCUCUGCCCCCGCGGCCCCCUUCGUGUCCUCGUCGAGCUCGCCUCCUCCCGCGACGAGGAGCUUCCUGCCCUCGUCUACGAGUCCCGCCCCGCAUCCGCCUCUGUCUCCCACGCCGUCGCCGCCCUUGGCUCCGUCGAGCUCCAGCCCGUGGAGCCCGCGCCCCCAAAUCCCACCUUGUCCAACCGAAACGUGGAUCCGGAUCGCACCAUUGUGGAGAUCGAGAGUCUCGAGGAGGAGACCUCGCCUCUCGUGCCGAACGAGCCAUCCAGCAGCGGCAGCGGCGACGCACGGCAACAAGACAUUGCUGCCGAGAGGGAAAGGGAGAGGGAGGGAGAGAGGAAUCAAGAUCCUUCCUCCUCCUCUUCGUUGCCGGGGCUUGCCUUCGAGAGUGAUGCCUUCGAUACAUCGAGGGGGAUCAGACUUGGCCUCGGGGAUUUCGUGUUCUACAGCGUGCUCGUAGGAAGAGCAGCAAUGUAUGAUUUAAUGACGGUUUAUGCUUGCUAUCUUGCGAUUAUUUCAGGGCUCGGAUGCACAUUGAUUCUGCUCUCCAUAUGCCGGCAUGCACUUCCUGCGUUGCCCAUCUCCAUCACAUUGGGCGUGGGGUUCUACUUCUUGACACGGUUGCUAUUGGAGCCAUUUGUCGUUGGAGCAUCAACGAGCCUGGUGAUGUUCUGACUGACCGCACUUGCUUGAUUUGUUCCUUCUUCUCAUAGUAGAUAUAUGUAAGGCUUGAUUGUUCAAGGAUACUGAUAUAUCAUAGAUGACUAAGUUUUUUCUUUUCCGAUACCA